AUGAAUUGGAAUUUGUUUGGGGAUAGGAAUACAAAAAUCUUUCAUUCUAUUGCUUCUGUUCACUCCAGGAACAAUUUGAUUACUAAAACUAUGAUUAAUAAUGUCAGUUAUAAAUCCCUAUUUGAUAUCAAGGAGCAUAUUUUUCUUUUUUAUAAAGAUUUGUAUAAAAAGAAUCAGCAGAUCACGUAUUCUCUGGAGGCUUUGGAUUUGUGUCGUUUGUCUGAUUCUCAAGCAGCCUCACUUUCUGCUGGGUUUUCAAAAGAGGAAAUUUGUUUGACAGUCUUGGGUAAUGAUAAUAAUAAAACUCCAGGUAUUAACACGGCUUUUCUGGUGCUUAUUCCUAAAGUUAUAGGGGAAGAUAAUAUAUCUGAUUUCCGACCUAUUAGUAUGAUUAAUGGUAUUUUCAAAUUGAUUUCCAAGAGAUUCAAUUUGUCUUCUCAAAUUGGAUUUCAAAAAACUUUUGAUAGUAUUUCCAGGGACUUUAUUUUGAAGAUGUUAUCCAGAUUGAAUUUUUAUGAUACUUGGAUUAAGUGGAUGUCAUCUUUCUUUAACUCUUCUCAGCUUUCGGUUCUUGUUAAUAGUAGUCCAACUAAUUAG